AUGGAUUCAUUUUUGAGCGUGCGGGAUACAGACCGCUUCAUCGAAAAGACAACGACAGGUCUGACCCCGUUGAUGCUCGCAGCCAGGGAUGAGAACCUGGAAAAUUGCCUCGAACUCCUGAAAAUUGGAGAAAUUGUUGAGGCAAGGAUAAAAUUCGGCUUGACGCCACUUCACUUCGCGGCCUUGAACAAGGAGAACGGAAUCAAAAUCGUCUGGCACCUAAUAAAUCAGAACAAACUAGAUUUGAAGGAAAAGGACGUGGACGGCGAGGAACCGAUUUUCUACGCAGUCAGGAAGGGAAACUUCAGGGUGGCGCAGAUCCUGCUCGAACUGGAAAAAAAGGAAAACAAAAAUCUCUCGCAUUUUUUAUAA